AUGGUGCGCGGUUACCGUGGCCGUGCCGAUUUCCAUCACUCUAGAAACAGGUAUUUUAAUCCGCGAAGCCAUCAACACUGGUCUCGGGACGAUGAGCGCUUCCAACCCAGGAGACCAUACUACGACAGUCGCGACACAUGCCACGAGGAGAGGCGCACGCCAACAAGAGACGAAAUAGAUUCAGAAUCAGACAAUAUGUCCCCGGCGCGAAACAGCACGCGACCGAGUGAGCAUGGCUCAUCUACCAACGUGCCUCACCAGCCUCGCUCCACAAACCUCUCUCGGCGUGAAGCCGAUAUGAAGCACUUGGUUGAGCUUCUGUGCGAUCGGAUGUAUUGGUACAUGCAGCGAGAUCACCAGGACAAAAAGGUCAAGAAAAUGCAAAACGAGCUUGACCGAUGCCGUCCUGGAUACCCUGAAACGUCAAAUCACGCCGAUGUCCUCAAGCUUCAGAUGGACCAAACGUCAAGAGAGAAGCAAAAGUGCUGCGACCGACUCAAUGGUGCUGAUGGCAAGCUGCUGGAUCAUCUUGUCACCUUUGUAGAUAAGCAGGGAGAAAGACUCCUGUCUACACAGAACCACGGUGUGAAGAGUGAGGACGUUGAUUCUCGACUAGAAACUCUCCGCGGGUCUCUUCUGGAGCAAUUUCACACGCGCCUUAAAGAAGAGUCUGGCCAUCUCGGUAACUCUGUUCGGUCUCAGCUACAGGAAGAGACGGCAGAGCUGAAACUUAGCCUGGAGCAAGAAAAAGAAAGAAAUGAUCGACUUCAGACGAAAAUGGAGGAAAUGGAGAAGGCACUGCUCACCCUAGAACAGAGGCAUACCAGCCUGACGGAAGAAACUCUCAAGAAUAACAGCGCCAGAUUACAACUAGACGGCAAGCUUGUUGCAGUAGACAACAAGUUAACUCAGCUGUCUGGGAGGAUUGAUGGCAUUAUGAGAAAUACGGUAACCACCGAAGCAUUGUCCUCGGCGUUGGAGCAGUUUGAUAGCAUCCUCUCCGCCUUCGACAAGUCAACCGUUUCCGAACAGUGGGGUUUUAAUAAGGAGGCCGGCAUGAAAACUAGACGGCUUCUUCAAACCAUUGUCGAAGAUCUGAAUAGCGUCAAGCUCAGCCUGCGAAGCGAGACACCGGCUGCGUCGUCGCAAAAAGUUGCGGACUUGCAGAACGAACUAAACUCGUGCGUCAACAUGGUAGAGAGCCACUCAAAACAACACAGUUCGAUAUCAGAGACGCUUAAAUCUAUUGAGGACAUCCUGAAACAGGUCACCCUGGCGCAAGAAAACGACACUGGUCAGCGUUCUCUACCCGGAUCGCCGAGCAAGGCCGCCUUGGAAGUCGACCAGAUUCUGGAUCAAAAAUUCCAGCCAUUCUCUGCUUCAAUUGCUGACAGAGUGAAGGCCAUGAUGCAGGAGAAGCUGAACGAAGUGGCGCGAGACCUGGGCACUUUCGUUAACAAUGAAAGAGUGGCAAGAGAACACGCAAGCGCUGCCGCUGAGGAUUCGCUUACCAUUGCGUCAACUUUACGACAAGAUGUUGAUGUGUUGAGAGAUGGAGUCCAUGCAUCGAUGUGGAAACUGGAUUGUGAACUUGGUGAGCAGAAAAAACAAAUACACUGGUGCAACGAGGGCCUCGCAUCCUUUGACCGUCGGCUGCAGCGUACUGCCGCGGAAGGUGGCGAUAGUGUAGAGAAGCUUGAGCUACAGUUGCGAGUUGUUAAUGCCUGGCAAAGCAAUUUCACGACGGCAUCCUUGUAUCAGGACAUUACCAAGCACAUCACUGAUACACUUCCGCUGACUAUGCUGCAAAAAAUCAACUCGGUUACUUCUCGGCUGGAGGCAAUUGAAGCCUAUUUUAAGAUGAACAAUGACGGGACGCCCAGAAAGCGCAAAACAUCUCAUAAAUGA